AUGGUCAAGGAGUACCUGCCCGAGUCGAAGCUGGAGAAUGAGACCGCCAAUGAGAUCAAGUUCACCAUUGCCCCGGAGGACACCACCCACCUGCCCCGGUUCUUCGACCGCCUCGAGGCGAACAAGGAGGCGCUGGGCGUGUACAGCUGCGGCGUCAAUGUCGCCUCCAUGGACGACGUCUUUCUGCGGGUGAUUGAGCUGGAGAAUACGAAGGCCAAGUCGCUGGAGGCCGCUCAGGCCUCUCUGCACGCCGACAUGGCCACGCUGGCCGUGGCGAGGACCAGCCGUGCCAACUCCAUUGCCUCCAUUUACAUGGAGGACAAGAACGGUGGAGCGAAUAACAACAACAACAACAAUGGCGAGAAACCUCGCCGCCCCUCACAGUACCUCAAACCGCCCAACCACCUGGACGUCUACAAUAACAAUGCAACUAGUGGAAACGGUGGUGGCAAGAACGGCAACGCCUUCCACAACUCCUACUACAAUGGCGGAGAGAAGGGCGGCUAUGAGGACGGAAAGCUGCACGACAGCAAAAAACUGGGUCCGGGCCGGGCGCUGACGAUGCUCAAACUGAAGGCGCUGCUCGCCAAGCGAGGCCACGACAUCAAGCGGAACACCAAGACGGUGGUGCCCAUCCUCGGCAUCGCCAUCGGUUGCAUUUUCGCCAUCCUCGGCCUCAUUGAGACGACGGUGAACAGCACCGACCGCCUCCCAAAUUGGAGCAUGGACCUGGACGCCUACACCGCCGGCUACGGACCGGAAGGCCUGCGGGCCAUCUACUUCGACUACGAGCGCAACGCCAGCGAGAGCUUCCGCAGCUACUACGUCCGCGAGGCGGCCUCCGACCACUUUCGCACCUUCAUGCUCGACGACACGCGAGCGCUGGCCAACAUUCUCGGCAUUCGCUCCACCGUGAAGAGCAAGUGGAGCGGCGGCGCCGCCCUCAACGCCGCCUCCGCCUCGCAAUUUUCGCCCUCGGCGACGAUACCGGCUCGAAAUUCAUCUCAAGCAAACGACCGCCUGCUGGACAUUAGCAUCAAGGACCUGAACGCCUACCGAGAGCGGUGGCUGGUGGGCGCCUCCAUUGAGAAGUACCGCUCGAGGACGCUUUACCUAGCCUGGUACAACGGCGAGGCGCACCACUCCCUGCCCCUUUCCGUGAACUACCUCUACAAUGCCCUGCUGAAGAAGAUGAUCGCCCUCUCCAACCACAGUUCCAGCCUGGUGGUGGGCGGAUCGAAUGGCGGCACCGGCACGCCGCUCACUGCCGACAACUUCAGCAUCUCCCUCUCGCAGGUCACCUUUGAGCACUUUAACCCGCAUUCCGCCUUUCUGCCCUUCUUCGGCCGCGUCUACAACGGCAUCUUCUUUCCCUUUUCCGUCUCCUUCAUUGCCGCCUUCUACGUGCUCUUUCCCACGCACGAGAGGAUCUCUAAGGCAAAACUGCUCCAGCUGAUGACCGGUCUCUCCACCCGUCUCUACUGGCUGUCCAACUUUAUCUUCGACUACACCAUCUACUUCACCUACUUCGUCACCAUGUUCACGCUGAUUCUCAUCUGGGACCGAAGCUUCGACUACGGCCUCUACUUUUCCAAUCCUCUUUCCACGGUGGCCUUCAUCUCGCUCUUUCUCUCCUUUGGCCUGGCGGCCAUUCCCUUCGCCUACUGCGCCUCGCUCAUCUUCCGCAAGCCGUCCACCGCCUUCGGCAUUCUCUGCCUCCUCUCAGUAAUCACCGGCAUCGGCAUGGGCGUCAUUGCGACCUUCUUCGAGACGAUGCUCGAGGAGAAGCUCAGUCAGGAGGUGCGGGCGCUCUUCUACGUCGGCAUGUGGUUCACACGACUCUCCCCGGUGGUGUCGUUGAUCCUCGGCACGCAGAAGCUCUUUACCCUCGACUCGACCCGACUGAUCUGCGCCCAGUUUCAACAGUCGCUGCGGGCAAUUCUCUGCGGCAUCUACGCCGCCAGCCAGCGGACCAACCCCGAGCUGGAGGAGCUGAAGAUUCUCAAGCCGGAGCGGUGCUGUGAUGAGGUCUGCGGCAACGAGUGCAUCUUCCAGCACCCUUUCUUCUGGUUCAACUGGCUCGGCGUGAACGACGAGAUCUUCAUGCUCCUCUUUGACGCCGUCCUCUACUGGUGCCUCCUGGCGCUGCUCGAUAACAAGAAGAUCCGCGAGGCGGUGACCAAGCGCUUUCGGGCAGUCACCGGGCGGGCCCGGGACGCCGUCCGCUCCCGCUCCUCGAAGACCUUCAAGCUGGAGCGCAUGGGCGGCAGCAGCUUCAUCGACAAGGACGUUCUGGAGGAACGGGCUCGGGCGGAGAAGAUUCUCGCCUCGAAGAAGACCAGCCACGAGGCGAUUGUAGUGCACAACCUCUCCAAGAUCUACCCCAAUGGCAACUUCAAGGCGGUGGACCAGCUGUGCUUCGCCGUCGCCAAGGAGCAGUUCUUCGGCCUGCUGGGCAUCAAUGGAGCUGGCAAAACGACCACUUUCCGAAUGUUGACUGGUGAUCUCUCGACAACACGAGGCAACGCCUAUGCAGGCGACUACGAUCUGAUUUCUCAAACGCAAGACUAUCAGACUCAAAUAGGCUACUGUCCACAAUUCGACCCGCUACUACCGUCACUUAACUCAUUUGAAACACUACAAUUGUUCGGGCGCCUGCGUGGUAUUCCCGACAAUGCUAUCAAUCUGGAAGUGAAUAGGAUGAUUAAAAAGGUUGACCUUCAAAUGCACGCCAGCCGAAUGUGUCGCAACUAUUCGGGUGGAAAUAAGCGGAAGUUGUCAUUAGCUAUGGCACUCAUUGGCUCGCCGCCCGUGGUGCUGCUGGACGAGCCGACGUCAGGCGUCGACCCAGUGGCCAGGCGGAAGAUGUGGGUCGCCAUCUCUGACAUUCAGUACGGCUCAGGGUCGUCCAUUAUUCUAAGCUCUCAUUCUAUGGACGAAUGCGAGGCACUGUGUGAUCGCAUUGCCAUCAUGGCCGCCGGCCACUUUGAGUGCAUC